AUGGCGCAGCCUGUCGAAGUGCCUCGACGCAAGCGGAAGAGCAGGUUCAGCGAUGCUCCGAUGACUGCUGCCGCGCCAACUGCCGCUUUAAAUCAUGCAAAUACUGGAAGUAAGACCGCUAUGGACCCCUCGGCCUUGGCUCGUGCGGCAGCAGCCAAGAUCGCGCGUGCUAUCCCUGGGUCCGCGACCGCAGCAAGUGUACCCAUCCCAGCACCUAUACUACGAAGCACGAUGGAGCCAUUGGACCCGGAGGAAAUUCGACGCUUUGAGCAGGAAAAGAGGCGGCGAACCGACCAAAUUUACAAGUCGGUGCAGAGUCAGAUGAGCCACAUCAAGGCGUUAUUGCGGAAGCCUGGGGCUGCUACGACUGGACCUGUAGCGGCUUCACCUGGAGAACAUCAGCGUGGAGCAACGAGUGGUGGUGUGUUCAUGCCAGCUCCACUGCUGUUGGAUGAUCAAGGGCGGGAGAUUGAUUCAGCGGGUAACGUUGUUGCCGAGAAGCCGACGGUGGCACCAGUUGCGAUGCUCAAAGCGAAUCAGAAAGCUGCUAAAAGUAGUGACGCUGCAAAAAUGGAUCAGAAUCCGUACUUAUCGCAUCGUAUGGUCGAUGACAAGGACAAGAUGGAGACUGUGGACCCGAGGCUUAAGACUACGAAGCGAGAAACACGUGCACGCAAGACGUUUAAUUUUGUCGCAGAAGGAACGUUUGUAAGGCAAGCAGAACAAGUGCGCGCACGUGAUGCAAAAAAGAUGAUGGCUGGAUUUACGUCUGGACGUAAUCCGCGAGGAUACCAGAAGGAAUCGAUCGUUCCUGUUGACGACGAAGCCGAGGACGCAAAAGUAGAUGCUGAUGCUGUUAGUAGAAUGGAUAUCGACAGUGUGGAUGUUCCGUCGCAGGCAGAGACAUCUACGCCUGAUAUCGAGUGGUGGGAUGUGGAAUACCUUCCAAAAGACAAGCGCAUCGUAGUGGACAAGUUUGGUUUCAUUACCGCUAAAGUCCGUAAGGAGAACCCAGACGUGACAGUGUCAUACUCGGAUAUGAAACUCAAGUAUUGCGGCACUGCGCAUGUCAUUGAGCAUCCCGUUCGGCUAAACCUGAUUAUGAAGCGUGAUGAUACACCCGUGGCUGUUCCACUCAUGCUCACUACUGCAGAGCGCAAGAAAAUUCGUCGUCAGAAUCGCGCUGAUCGCGAGAAGGAUAAGCAGGAUAAGAGAGCCCUAGGGCUGUUGCCGCCACCUGAGCCAAAGGUGAAGCUGUCAAAUAUGAUGCGCGUGCUGUCGGAGCAAGCAGUGGCAGAUCCAUCGGCUAUUGAGCGUAAGGUUCGCGAACAAAUCGCGCAGCGUGAGAAAAAUCACGAGAUGCGCAAUCUCGCUCGGAAGCUUACGCCAGAGGAGCGUCGUGAAAAGAGGCUACGGAAGAUCAAAGACGAUGCCGCUGGCGACAUUCAUGUGGCGCUCUUCAAGGUGCCCGAUCUCUCAAACCCGCAGCACCGUUUCAAGGUUGACGUCAAUGCGCAGCAGUACCAUCUCACAGGAGGCGUGCUACUCUGUAAGGAUAGCAACAUCAACAUGGUGGUGGUUGAAGGAGGCAAAAAGGCCAUUAAGCAGUACACGAAGCUGAUGAUGCGACGCAUCGACUGGACCGGGUCUCGCGAGGCCCGGCAGGAGUCCGAGAGUGAGGACGAGGAUUUGCAAACCCGCGGCAACGGCUGCCUGCUUGUCUGGCAAGGCGUUGUAGCCCGCAAGGCUUUCAACAACUUUCGAUUCCAAGAGUGCCGGACGUCAGCUACAGCGCGGAAGGUUAUGGAAGCCAAGAGCGUUGUGCACUACUGGGACCUCGUGGAAAAGUCUGCCGAGACGACAGCCAUUGUGAUGUAA